AUGGAAGGGAUACCAUCACCACCGGCUGGACUAUCAUCUCUACCCCCUGAGCUGGGCGAUUAUAUCGCCAGCUUCUUAACCAACCGCGACAUCAAAUCACUGCGCCCCACAUCUUCUUCUGUAUGCAGAAUCGUCGCCUUGCGACUAGAACGGGUUUUUAUUGGGGCAAACCCCCGCAACAUCCAAGUCGCUUAUCAAGUCGCAAACCACGAAACCUUCCGCACGCGCGUGCAAGAGAUAAUUUGGGACGGGACCUAUCUUGACUGGGAAGGCUCAACAAUAUGCGAAAGCUCAACAGUACCUUCCUCGCAGUUGGAUUGGUAUAUUCAGUCGUGCAGAAACAGUAUUGCAGUACUGGGUAGGACCGAGAGAUGGCCGGGUGAUGUUGCCAGAAUGCGCCAGCUUGCAGCAGCCAUGGGACCAGUGGAAUCUAUCGAAAUCUAUAAAGAGUUGUUGCGAGGACAAAGCUCGGUGCUCGAGUCCGGGGCAGAUAUCAAAGCAUUUGAAUAUGCACUCAACAGAUUCACUUCGUUGCGACGAGUGACAAUCUCGAACAAGACCCACGGGAGACUGUUCAUGCCCGUAUACCAGACACCUAUGAUCCGAUCGUUUCCCUAUGGUUUCGUACAUGCUUUACCACGUCCUUUCCUCGCGCCCUGCUUUCAAAACAACAAGGAGCGCAAGACGUGGGUAACGCGCGGUGUGCGUAACACCCUGAGGGCGCUUGCAAAACAUGGGAAACACAAUGUAUCGGAAUUCAUCAUUGACGAGGAGAUGGUAUUUGGCAUCGGGCUCAAUGACGAGACUACACUUGCCGACCUCUAUUCACUCGUUCAAAGGCCCGGUUUCCGUAGACUACAUCUACAUAACAGGCAUCCGAUCCAGGCUUACAAACUCCUGGAGAAAGCAAGAACUCUACAUAGUCUUCGCUUCCGAUUAGUAGAUUAUGAUCCGAGUCACAAAUGGGAUGCCUGGGCCGCGCAAGCGUCAGACAGAGUGCCGGUUCAAAUGAACACAUAUCUUGAAUUUCCUAUGCCACUCUCCCAAAGCCUGCAGAAACUCGCAAUCACAGGAUAUGGCGUGGAUGCAGAUAGCCUAGCCACGGCCUUGGCUCCUUUAGCUUCCCUUCGCUCCCUGGAGUUGCGUUCUGUUUCCUUCUACCACUGGAUACAUGGUAGGUCUGGUAUGCGCGUCAUGCGUUCGAGAAACGCCAGGGACUUUCUCUAUGCUCUGAGAGACAAGACUGACUGGCGCAGUCGACCUUUGCGGCCCAAGGUGACAAUUAUAUUUUCACAAGAUGUAUCCUGUUUCGCAGGCAAGCUUUUGAAGAUUGAUUCGGAGGUCAACAAGUUUCUAUACGAAGAUGGAGAAAAUCCGUUUUUGCCUGUGCAACAAUCCCAUGAAUAUCCUCCUUCGCACAACAUUGUCAGGAUGUGCAGUGGUAAAGGAGUCUGGAUAGACGAACUUGAUCCAGAGUGUCAGCGACCAAACUACGACGACGACAAAACACUGGAACAACGUCUACUGGAACGACGUCCACUGGAACGACGUCUGCACCGUGAGCAAAACCUCUCGAUAUACGAACUCAGACGACCCGAUUCCUGGAGGGAUGGACCUUGGGGACCUCGAACAUGCCCUACAUUGGAAGAACAGGGUAUAAAUCCUGACUGCGGAGGAUAA